AUUGAAUAUCCCACAAUAAUAGAGAAACUUGUUCAUGCUUAUCCUUACUGAAGUAAGGUGAGUUUUGCCCAGUUCUCAGAAAGACUUAGAAAGUAAUUCCAAGCAAAAGAAGAAAGAUGGGCCUUAAACUUGCUACUCGGAGUCUCUUCCUUCUUUUACUGGUUUUACUGUGUGUUCAUGGAGCUGAUCAAGAACAUUGGAAAGAUUUAACAAAGCAGACACAAAAGAACAAACAUGUGAAGCUGCAUGACACCAAAGGGCAUAUCAUGUUAGGAAACCCCAAGAAUGACCACGACGAUGACAAUCAUCAACGUAAUGAGAUUAAUACUUCUAAUGAUUCUGCAGUUGAAGAUAUCCCUGGAGGCAUUAAUGUCUUGAGGCUUCAUAGCAUGGAUGCUCAUAUCAACGAUGAAAACGAUGUCCAUGAUAAGGCAAAUGUUUUGCAGCAUGCUAUAGAUGACCCUGUUUCAAUUUCUGAUAAACAAGACAAUGAUGCUCAUGGAGGGACACAUAGAGAUCAUGUCCAUGAUCAUAUAGACCCUUCAUUAAUUGUGUUCUUUCUUAUCAAGGAUUUGAAACUAGGCAAAACAAUGCCUAUCCAUUUCCCCAAAAGGGACCCUUCUUCAUCUCCUCAUUUGUUGCCCAAAGAAGAAGCGGAGACCUUUGCUUUCUCUUUAAAAGAACUCCCAAAUCUUCUUCCAUUCUUCUCCAUCUCUCCAAACUCUCCACAAGCCAAAGCCAUGGAAAAUACACUUAGAGAAUGUGAGGCUGACCCCAUCAAAGGAGAGACCAAGAUCUGUGCCACCUCUUAUGAAUCCAUGACUGAUUUUACAAGAAGCGUUUUCGGGAUCAAGAGCCAAAUCAAAUUUCUAUCCACCACUCAUCUCACCAAAUCUAACACCCAUUUUCAGAACUAUACCAUAUUGGAAAAUCCCGAAGAAAUAUCAGCUUACAAAAUGGUGGCAUGUCAUACUAUGCCUUACCCUUAUGCAGUUUUUUACUGUCACACCCAAGCAAGUAAGAACAAGGUGUUUAAGAUUUUAUUAGGUGGGGAGAAUGGAGAUAAGGUGGAAGCUGUUGUUGUUUGUCACACUGACACCUCUCAAUGGAGCCGGAAUCAUGUGUCUUUCCGUGUGCUCGGAAUUGAAGCAGGGACUCCUGGGGUUUGCCAUUUCUUUCCAGCAGACCAUCUUGUGUGGAUUUCCUCGCCUACUUCGAUAUAGUUGUGUAAUUAUUCUUAAUCUUCGCGUCUCAAUACUUCUUGAUCUUGUGUUUAAUUGCUAUGUUUUUAGAUAUGACUAUGGUGU